CGGCUAGUCCCACAGAACUUGAACGCAGCAUACGACGACAGUAAGCAGAGGUGAAAAGUCUGGAUCAUGUUUUUAUUCCAGCGAAAGCGUAUUUGAAUCCGAACAGACAUUUUGUCUAAGAGCCCAGAACAUCUGUUGACUAUGUGGGGAUAUUGAUGUGGUGCGCCGAGGGAGUGAGCGAGGAGCUUGUUGAAAUCUCUUGCGUAGCUAGCUAACGGAGGAGGAGGAGCUGCUAGCUCGCCAGCUAGCCACACCGCCACCAUCACCACCGUCUCUCGGAGCCAGCUGUGCAUCGCCCAGUCUCCCCGCGAUGGGGAACGCAGCUACUGCCAAGAAAGGCAAUGAGCAAGAAAGCGAAACGUCUAUUCGUUGAACGACUACAUAAAGAUGGAUGUUUAACCUGCCAACCAUUCUUUAAGGUCGACAAGAAAAACAAUCUGAUGAAAAUUAAUUGCAGCAUAUACUCCGCCAUGGAAGACAAGGCAAAUGGUUCUGUCGACACCAAAAGCCCAGCGGAGAACGGCCAGCUUCCAGAUCCAGCCAAUUGGGCGGUCGCUGAUGUCGUCAAUUACUUUAAAGCAACAGGGUUCGAAGAGCAAGCCACAGCAUUCCAGGAUCAGGAAAUCGAUGGCAAGUCACUGCUGCUGAUGACGCGUAAUGAUGUGUUGACGGGUCUGUCAAUAAAGCUGGGCCCGGCGCUGAAGAUCUACGAGUAUCAUGUAAAGCCGCUGCAAACCCAACACUUAAAGAGCAAUGCCUGUUAGCACUCCUUCAGGCACUCGCUCCUCCCUGCCUCAGUGACAAUCGACAACUUUUGACCAGCUGUCCAUUGGCAGAGACUUCUCUGGCCGCAUGGCACCUUAAAACAGGAUACGUUUGAUUAUGUUUUCAGAGGCGUGGACCCCAAUCCUGGGUCGCACAUUUGGGGUCUAAUGAACUGUUUACCUUUUUAGCUGUUCUUAUUUCUGCUGCUUCAGAUUUGUAUUUUAUUUUUUAUUCUUUGUGUUUUAUUUAAGACAAGAAAUGUUGUUCAGGGUGGUAUUCCAGCAGUGGGAUUUGUGUGUAUGGAUUGUGUCAUGUUUGUGUGUGUGUCAUGAACCAGUGAUGGUUUUAAAAAUGGUAUUUGUACAUAAGAUGUUAUAUGAUUGAAAACACCAGAACACUUUGAUAUUGCAGAAAGUACUGGUGGAGUACUGAUGAAUUUGUCCUUAAAAAAAAAAAAUUAAUAUGGGUAUACGCUAAACUGCGCAACAGUCCUUACACCGCCACUUGGGUGGAAAUAUGAAGUAUUAUAUUUUUCCCAGAUACAGCAAGCCAAACUCAAAAGGUCUUGCCUGGGUCUUUGGAAAUAUAAACGUGUGUGUAAUUAUGAUGUCCCUUCUACCUGUGGUGCUUCAACUUGGUUGCAAAGACAACUAAUCAGGUGUCUGUGUGUGUAUUUGACCUUGUGCAACACUGGAGUUUCAAUAUUUCAAUCAAAGACUUGCAAUAA